AUGGGCUUCCUCGAUCCUUUUACUGAUGGCCUCUCCAUCGGCCCCGGCGGCAUGUCCCGCCCCUCCAAACACCGUCGGGAUGCCUCUCGAUCGCGCAGAAAGCACCGUUCCCGCUCGCGAUCAAGCUCUCGUACCCGCGGCGGCGGCGGCGGCGGCAACUCGAUCGCCGGCGCUCUGUUGGGCGGUCUAACCGGCGACAGCCACGACAGCAAGCAAAAUUCGUCACGGGGGUCCUUUUACGGUGUCGGCAACAACAGCAGCCGCUCGAGCUUCUUCAACUUUGGUGGUGGGAGUCGCUCCUCGUACUACAAGCGGUCUCCUCGACAAGGCUUCAUGCAGCGAGCAUACAGGCGACUCAAACGCCUUAUCCGAGAUCUCAUCCACUAUGCCAAGCGCCACCCGUGGAAGGUGUUUUUCCUGGUGGUCAUGCCCCUCAUCACCACGGGGGCAUUGGCCGGCCUGCUUGCCCGCUUUGGCUUGCGCAUCCCGCCGUCUUUGGAGCGCAUGAUGGGCAUGGCCUCCCGCGCGGCUUCCGGAGACUCCUUUGGACUCGUCAGCGAUGCUGUCCGCAUGGCCGGCGACUUUGGCGGCAACACCCGCGGCGCCAGCGUCUCCCGUGGCCGUGGCGGCGGCAUGCAGUGGGAGCGACGAUCCAGCUAUGGCAGCUAUGAUGACUACGGUUACGGCAAUUCCAGGGGCCAUGGCGGCUACGGCGGGAGCGGCGACAGUUGGAGCAAUACCAUUGCGGAUGUAGCCAGGCGGUUCCUCUGA